UGUGUGUGUGUGAAAGAGAGAGAGAUUCUGGCUGUGAGUGUGGGUGUGGGUGUGUUUUGGCUGGGACUCUGUGUCUAUCUCUGAGCAUCUCUCACUGGCUGGGUGUGUUGAGCAGAGAUCUCAGGCCCACGCCCUGUGAGUGAUAAACUCAUGAGCAGAGCAAAUGUAACCCGUGCCGCACCUUUCCCUGGGCCUCGCUGCAGAGCACACAGGCACAGCAGCUCCUGGCUUCUCCCCCCGGCUCAGGGAGGGCAGUGGGGUCUACUGGUUAGAGCAGGGGGGCUGGGAGCCAGGAUCUGCCCCCUAUGGCCUCUCCUGCCCCCCAGUUGGGGUCUCUCUCUGAGGAAUUCUCCUGCCCCGUGUGCCUGGACUGGCUGAAGGAUCCCGUCACCCUACCCUGUGGCCAUGUCUACUGCCAGGGCUGCAUCGAGACAACGUGGGGCACCCUGGGUGUCCCCCCUGCCUGCCCUGAAUGCCGGGAGCCGUGCCCCGACAGGAGAUAUGCCCCCUGCAGGCUGCUGGGGAAGCUGAUCGACCAGGCCAGGGGGCUGAGCCCUGGUGGGGCAGGGGAGGGGGCGCACCCAGGGGGCAGGUGCCAGGAGCACAGCGAACCCCGGAGGGUGGCAGGUGGGGCAUUCACUGGUGAGCUCUGCAGGGAACCAGCCUCAUACGAAAACCUCCAGUUCCUCCCCAUCCACCAGGCCACUGGGCAGCAUCAGGAGGAGCUGCCCUCAGCCAUAGCCCAGCUGGAGUCCAGCCUCGCUCGGCUCCUGAAGCUGAAGACGGAGGAGGAAGAGAGGAUUUGGAACCACCAGGCGACGGUGCUCAGCCUGGAGGAUCACAUCACCACGGAGUUCGGGAAGCUGCGGGGCUGGCUGGCAGCCCGGGAGGAGGAGUGGCAGGAGAGGCUGCGGCGGGCGGGCAGAGCCCAGCUGCGAGCAAUGCAGAGGAACCUGCAGGAGCUGGCGGGGAAAUGCCAGGCAGCCCAGGAGAUUCUCACAGAUGCCCAGACCCACCGGUCCCAGCAGAACACCAUGGAGUUCCUGACAGACAUAAAAUCCUCCCUGGACUGGGUGAAGCAGCAACUGGCUACCCCUUGUGGGUCGAAUACGGGGUCCCUAUCACAGACUCUGGGGCAAUUCAAAGGGCCGAUCCAGUAUACUGCCUGGAAGGACAUGAAAUCGAUCCUCAACAUAGAUCUCCCACUGGUGACGCUGGAUCCCGCCACGGCUCAUCCCUGCCUGGUUCUCUCGGAGGAUCACACCCGGGUCCAGGACGGCCACCUCCACCGGCCCCUCCCCGACACUCCUGCCCGCUUCGAUUUCUGCGUGGCCGUGCUGGGCGCGGGGGCGUUCGCCUCCGGGAGGCACUACUGGGAGGUGGAGGUCGGGGAGAAGCCGGCGUGGACGCUGGGCGUGGUCCACGCCUCCAUCAGCCGCAAAGGGAAGAUCCACGCCUCCCCCAGCAAGGGAUUCUGGGUCAUUCGACUCCGGGGCGGGGCCGAGCUCAUGGCCAAGGACAUGCCCCCAAUGGUGCUCCGCCCCCAGGCCCUGCCCCACAGGAUUGGAGUGUACCUGGACUACGAAGGGGGCCAGGUUUCCUUCUACGAUGCCCGGGGCAUGGCCCAUCUCUAUACGUUCAGCGCUCAGUUUGCAGAGAGUGUGUAUCCCUAUUUCUGCCCCGGGCUCUACGAUUCGGGGGGGAACACUACGCCCCUGAAAAUCUGCCCCUUGCCCUGAGCCAGCCAGUCCUAUGCCCUGGGGCCGGAUCGGAGCCACAGGCCCCUAGAGGGGAGAGGCCCCGUGCCCCAUUCCCUGCCCCCCGGAGCCAGCCAGUGGCUUUAUAAGCACCACCUUACACGUCGAAAAAAACUCUCAAACCCAUCAACCCCAGCUGUUUGGUUCUCCAAAGCAAGAAGGAGCCGAGCGCAAGGCCAGACUGUAUCCUGCCAGGCUGCCUAAAGAUCCAACUAGUGUGAUCCUGGGUUGCACAAACAGGGGAACGGCAAAUAGGAGCCGAGAGGUUUAUUUGGCCCUGGUGCGACCAUGGCUGGGGUCCUGUGUCCAGUUCUGGUGCCCACUACUUGAGAAGGACGUGGAUCGACUGGAGAGGGGGUCAGAGAAGAACCAGGAUUAAAGGAUUGGACAACCUGCCUUAGCAUAAGAGACUCCCAGAGCUCAAGGGGUUUAGAGGAACAAAGAGAAGGCCACGGGCUGACUAGAUCAUGGGCAACAAGUACCUCCAUGGGGAAUGGACAUGAUUGUGGGCUCUUCAGUCUAGCAGAGAAAGGUCUAACACGAUCCACUGGCUGUUAGGUUCAGAGGGGUAAUCAGGUACAAAUUUGUAACACGAAGGGGAAUUCACCAUGGAAACAAUUUCCCAAGGGCUGUGGUGGAUUCUCCAUCCCUGGCAAGUUUUCAGUCAAGAGUGGAUGGGGUCACGGUGGCAUCCUGGCGCUAGGCCCUGGAUCAUCUGAAACAAUGCCACAGACACGUGCUGGAUCCUCACAGGAGACAGAUCUCUAUGCUGCUCUAUGCUCCAUAAUCGGUGGGUGGGUGAUAAGAGGCAAAGAUGCACUUGCGUUAAAGGUACCCGCGUGGGAGCCAGGGCUCCUGGGUUCUGCCUAGAGGUCGCGGGAAAUUUUCCAAAUAUGGAGCAUGUUCGUGAAGGGAAAAAAUGCCAUCGAUGACAUUUCGGGGAGGAGGGACUGGCAGGCAGGGGAGAAUCACAUCAGGGCAUUUUGGGUUUUUUGCUUCAAUGCGAUGUUUCGUUUUGAUUUUUUUGAAUUUUACAUUUGUCAUCGUUAUCAGCCUUACACUCGUUAGGCUCGGAAGGAUCAGAUUUGUAUCGGCUCAUUUGUAUCCGUCAACGUCAAUUUCACUGUCCGCGCCCCCAAACUGACCAAAAAAUAUUUCCGUUAGUAAUCACUGAACUGGACAGAUAAUCAAAGACAAAUGUGGCUUGCGAACUUUAGAGAAGAUCAUUAGAUAAUUAGCUGACACUCCCCGAAUUUCCUGCAACUGAGCAAGUUUAAAUUGAUAAAAAAAAAAUAAAAAGGUUAAAAAUAAACAUCAAUAUCUGUCCAAAUUAUAAAUUACAAAUCUAGUUCUCCCAAGCUGAAUAUUCAUAGAAUAUAAAUUUGUCAAAAUUAAACUUAGACGAUUAUGUGCUAUCUAGAAUAUUUAAAUAUCCUGCUAUACGUAUACUUACACAAUGAAUAUUUUGUAUACAAUAUUUCAUAGACUGGCUUUUUUAAAAAGUAUAUAAACAAUUGUCUAUUAAUAUAACUAUACAUAACUCUUUAUAGGAAAUAAUUUUUGGUAAAGGUUGAAAUCGGACCAUAAUAUUUUGAUUGCUGCAAAGUGAUUUCCCCCCCCCCCACGUCAUUUCUCAAAAAAAAUUCAAAAUAAAAGAAUUUGGGGGGAACUGAAAUGUUUUUGAAAUCUUGGUGUUUCCUGCUCAAUGGAAAAGCCGCUCCUUGCCCAACUUUUGUUCUGUCUGUAGGUGGACGGCAGUGGAGUCAAGUAGGUCAGAGUCAGGGGAGAGGUGGCUGUGAACCAGGACUCCUGGGUUCUAUCCCCAGCUCUGGGAGGGAAGCAGGGUCUAGUGGGGACUGAGUGUCGGAACACCUGGGUUUUGUCCCUGGCUUUGUCACAGACUCCGCAUGUGACCUCUGUGGAGUCACUGAAUCAGUUUGGGCCUCAGUUUCCUCAUGUGUAAAAUGGGGGGAUGAUCCUGCCUUUGUCUAUUUAGACUGUGAGCUUUUAGGGGCAGUGGCUGUCUCUUUUCACCCUGGCCCAAAUGGUUUGUGCAGAAAGAUUUCCCAGCAAAAAAUGUCUUCAUCUAAACUGAUUUUUUUUUUUUUUGCAAGAAAAUGUCUGCUCUGGCUAAAGCGAUUGAUUUUUCCAUCAAACAAAUUCAACAUAUUGUGAAUCUUUACCAAAAAAAAACCCAAAAAUCUGAACUGCACUUCAUGUUGAUUGGAGUCCUAAUGAAAAUUGCUUUGAAUUGGAGAAAGCUGAAAUUUCAGUUAAUUCAAAAGAUGGUUUUCUUUCAUUUGCGAUCAAUAAACGUUUCCCUUUUUCGUAAUUACAAUUUUCACUUCGUUACAAUGAGGAAAAUCAACUAUUUAAUUUGAUGGAAAUAGGAGGAUUUCACUUAGUUUCAAUAAAAAGUUAAAUCAUUUCACUUCGUUACAAAAAUCUUUUCCAUUCAGCUUCCACCAGAAAAAGUGAAAAUAUUUCACUUUGUGUUUAAAAAAAACCUACCGCCAUUUUCUGGGUGAAAAAAUGGAAAUGUCAAAAUCUUUCCUUGUUCUAUCAGUACGAACUUUCUUCUAGUUUUGAUCAGAUAAUGGCUUAAAUGUGGCAGGUGGCAUCAAACGACUUCAGUGGGAUCAAAAUAAAAUAAAAGCCUGUGGUUUAUG